CCAGUGCAACUUGGGAAGGAUGGAAAGAAAGAAAGUAGGGUGGUUUGAGAGAUGACAUCAUUCCUCAUUUGAAUAAAUCCCAGCCGGGGUAGUGAUUGGUCGUGAGAUGGAGAAAGUCGAGUUACUUGGCUAUUCAUCCCUUUCAAUUUCACCCCCGCGCGCAAUGCCGUGGUAAAACCCUCUCUGCCUGUCCAUCCAUCCUGGCCAGUAGAGAGUGUGUGCGUGGACUGCAAAUCGCUUUUCCUUUCUUUGGAAGGGACGCGCAUCACUUCUGGAAACUGCGGUCGACAGAAGUUUCUUGGUAAUCUGGCUGCUGUAUUUUGGCCUGUUUCUCAUCUUGUUCGGUUUCAUUUUGUAAUUUGUUACACUUUAUUCGAGGAUACUGAAAGGAGUCGGAGGAUAUUGUCAAACACUGGGCGUAGCUGGAGAUCAAGCUAUAGCUAGCUACACUGCGUUGAUCAGACUCCAGUUACCAUCUUCAGUUUCAAGCUCUCCAGCCCUCCUCUGUAGAGACGGACAGCCAGGACUGAGGGGAGAUGAAACCGGAUGGGGUUGCCACGGCAGCGAUGGAGCCAAUGGAAGCACUGGAUGCUGAUCCGGUAAACGAGUCAGUUGCGAUGGGAGAGGAGCCUAACCAGGCUGCGCCGGCACCGCAGACGGAGGGAGUUGGCCAGCAGGGAGAGAUGGGGCAGGGUGAGCCUCAACCAGAGCCAGCCCAGGUGGCCCCCACCAAGACGGGGAACAGCAAGGCUGCAGCAGACCCAAAAGCCAAGACCAAGGCCACCGCUGCUAAGACGAAGCCUGGGACCACCACCACAAUUAAGACCACGACCGGACCAGGGUCUCGACCCAACACCGCCCAGAGCCGACUGACCAACGGGGUUUCCAAGCCACAUGCCAACGGAGUGGCCAAGAAGACCACCACUGGUGCCCCAGAGAAGACCACGCCCAAGAGGCCCGUAGGCACAGCCGUUGCCCCUACCACUAAGACCGCCGCCAAGGUUGGUGAGAAGAAGCCAGCGGGCACCACCCGCCCUGCCUCGGCUCCUGCUGCCACCAACGGGGUGAAGGCCACCACAGGAACAGCAGCAAAGAAGACACCUGCGGCGCCAACUAAUGGUGUCAAAGCCACCACCACCGCUGCUAAGAAGCCCACAGCUCCCCGGCCUGUCUCUGCAGCUACCACCAAGCCCAGCACUGCUGCUGCUCCCAGGUCCCCUGUUUCCAAGACAACCAGGCCUGCCACUGCUGCUCCAGGAUCUCGCCCUGCCUCUGCUGCAGCCAGGCCAGCCACAGCCAGCACAGCCAAGAGCUCCACAUCCACAGCCAAGCCUGUCACCCCCACGGCUAAAACCACCUCCACCACUCCCAGACCAGCCUCUGCCAAAGCCGGCUCUACAACACCCUCUGCUGGACGGAUCCCAACAUCACAGCCCUCAAAAACUGCAACUCCCAUCAAGAAAGAUGUUACCAAAUCAGCCACCAAGAAGCCUGCAGCUGCUCCUCUCACUCGCACCUCACCAGCGAAGACCACCAAACCUGAGACUCCCAAAUCAGCCUCCGCAUCCAAGCCAGACUCCACCCCCAAGAAGCCGGCUGCCAGCAGCAAGGCCGCAGACACCAAGAAGACGCCAAGCAAGCCCACGCCUUCAAAGGAUGUCAGUGCUGGCCCCAAGACCCCUAGUAGCAAGCCAGCAGGCAAGGCUUCCACCCCUAAGAAGACUGUGGGCAGCAACACUCCCAUGGCAGUGAAGCGUGGCCCCAAGCCCACGAUGGCUGCAGAGCCCGCGACUAAAGAGGGUGAGACCCAGGACGCCGCUGUUGCUGCCACCAUAUCUGCAGCUGCCUUGGCUGCUGUGGUCUCCAUGGCAACCUCGGAAGAAGCAGUGGUGGCUGUGGUCCCAGAGGAGAAGGAGACUCUGCCCCCUCAGGUCAGCCAGCCAGAGGAGGCCCCAGAGGCUUUUAUCUCUCAGCUGUCAGCUCAGCUGGACUUGGUCCCCCUGGAAGAGCCAGCAGACACAGUGUCUCCCCUGGGCACCACGGUCUUGUCUCCUCCAUGCUCCCCCACCGGGCCCAUGUCCCCGGUCAGGGAGCCCCAGAAUGCCUCUGCUCUGCUGGACAUGCACGUCCAGCCAGAACCCAGUUCCCAGAACCAGUCUGCCAUGGCUCCACAGAGCCCGGUUCAGGAGGAGGUGAUAUUCCAGGCAGACUGCUGGGCCCAGAACCAGUCUGCCAUGGCUCCACAGAGCCCGGUCCAGGAGGAGGUGAUAUUCCAGUCAGACUCCUGGGCCCAGAACCAGUCUGCCAUGGCUCCACAGAGCCCGGUCCAGGAGGAGGUGAAGGUCCAGCCAGAUGAGCAGCAGGAGGACCUUCUCAUGCCCUCCUCUUCAGCCCCUCCUGCUUUCAGCAUAAUGUCUCAGCCAAUGGAUGAGUUCACCUCAGAGGUCCUGGUCUCUCCCUCUCAGGACCAGGAAGAGGCAGUGGAGAAGGCAGAUGAGGAGAUCAAUGAAGAUGAUGAUGAGGAGGAAGAGGAAAGGACAGUGGGCAAGCCGACAUUACUGUUGGACAUGAGUAGCUCUCAGCCCUCAAAGGAGACCAAUCCUGAAGGCUUGUCAGGGAUGGAUUCUGAGGAUGUGAGCAGUAUGAGCAGCCGCCUGCAGGGGGCGUCAGAGAUGAGCAGCACGCAGCAUAUGGGCCUGCUGCAAGGUACCCAGAGCUCUGACGCCCUGGUCGACUCCAGCCUCAAGGGAGAAGGCUCCCCCGAUGUGGAGACACUGCUCAAUGAGGAUAAUGAAGAUGAGGAGGAUAGGGAGGUAGGCAAGCCGACAUCACUGUUUGACAUGAGUAGCUCUCAGCCCUCAGAGGAGGCCAAGCCUGCAGGCUACAGUGGUUCCACCGGUUGGCAUGGGGAUGACGUCUUGUCAGGGAUGGACUCUGAGGAUGUGAGCAGCCGCCUGCGGGGGUCAUCAGAGAUUAGCAGCACCCAGCAUACGGGCCUGCUGCAGAGUACCCAGAGCUCCGACGCCCUGGUAGACUCCAGCCUCAAGGGCUCCGAUGGAGAAGGGGCCUUCAUGGGCUCCCCCAAUGUGGAGACCCUGUCCAACGAUGAAGAGGAAGAUGAAGAGGAAUAUGAGGAUAGGAAAGUGUGCAAGCCGUUAUCACUGUUUGACAUGAGUAGCUCUCAGCCCUCAGAGGAGGCCAAGCCUGCAGGCUACAGUGGUUCCACCGGUUGGCAUGGGGAUGACGUCUUGUCAGGGAUGGACUCUGAGGAUGUGAGCAGCCGCCUGCAGGGGUCAUCAGAGAUUAGCAGCACCCAUCAUAGGGGCCUGCUGCAGGGUGAGGAGAUCAACGGAGAUGAUGAUGAGGAGGAAGAGGAGAGGACAGUCCUGGUAGACUCCGGCCUGAAGGGCUCCGAGGGAGAAGGGGCCUUCAUGGGCUCCCCCAAUGUGGAGACCCUAUCCAACGAUGAAGAGGAAGAGUAUAGGAAAGUGUGCAAGCCGACAUCACUGUUUGACAUGAGUAGCUCUCAGCCCUCAGAGGAGGCCAAGCCUGCAGGCUUCAGUGGUUCCACCGGUUGGCAUGGGGAUGACGUCUUGUCAGGGAUGGACUCUGAGGAUGUGAGCAGCCGCCUGCAGGGGUCAUCAGAGAUUAGCAGCACCCAGCAUACGGGCCUGCUGCAGAGUACCCAGAGCUCCGACGCCCUGGUAGACUCCAGCCUCAAGGGCUCCGAGGGAGAAGGGGCCUUCACGGGUUCUACCAAUGUGGAGACCCUGUCCAACGAUGAGGAGCGAGUUGAUGAUAUGGAUGUGAGCUCAGAGCGGGCAGUGGACCACCAGAACGUGUGUCAGCAAGAGGAUGAGGAGGAUGAUGAUGAUGAUGUGGAGAUGCCCAGCGAAGGGGUGACUGAGAGUGGACUGGAGAGCUGUGGGAAUGCAGAUGAGGAUGACUACACAGAGGAGGACCGUUUGGAUAACCUCAACCGUUCGACCGUCCCACCUUCCUCAGCCUGGGGUCAGACAAACCCCUUUACUGACCCCUGGGCCCAGCCCCACCUCUCCUCCCCCCACACCGCCUCCAGCCCCCUGUCUGACCACGGGGCUGACGGCCCUGAGAUGCCCACCCAGUCCUCUGCCCAGGCCUGGUUGGAUCUCAGCGCCCCCUCUCUGAUGCUCCAUUCAGAGCAGCCCUCCGAGCCCCAGACUGCCCCCGAGGAGAUGGAGAGCUCUACCCCAGUGGAGGCCUCUGCCCCCCCAGGCCCCCCUGCUGUGGGCAUGUCUCAGUCCAGCACACUGAGUGGCACGGCCCUGGCCGUCCACAGCAGCAGUGAAACCAGCACUCCCGAGGAGCUCCGUGACUAUGACAGCAGCUCCGGGGUGGAGUCACGCUCUGACAAGCAGCAGACUCCCGUGCCAUCCAAUGUGCAGCCUGACCUGGAGCAGGACUUGGGCAUCCAUCUGGAGCGAGGUGACGAGGAGGAGGAGGCUGAGACGCUCCCUGCUGACGAGGUCCUGGGAGCAGGCCCUCCUACUGCCCCCGCCUCUGCCCCAUCCUCCCCCUCCACCUCGGGAGACGAGGCCAGCGACACGGAGGGUGAGAUGCAGAUCAAUGACACAAAUGUCCCCGUCACCAUGGAUGACAGCGCUGAGUUCGACAGUCCACCAUCCGCCCGUAUCCUGCCUGCCCUGGAAGAGGAUGAGGAGGUGGUGGAGGCGCCGGCCGGAGGAGAGGAGGAGGACGGGGGUGGCGGCACACCCCAGUCUGCCAACUCGGUGGCGUCUUACGGCUUCGACUGCACCAUGUCCAACUCCAACGCCCACUCCACUGCCGAGAGCUGCGGUAAGAGUCCCGGCAUCUUCUCCCUGGAGAACGAGGACCAGUUGCCCGAGGAGGCCAAGGACCCCUCCCUCAUCAAGGAGCUGACCCUGCCAGCAGUGGCCGCCCAGUCAGAGGAGCUGCUGGGAGGCCCUGUAGACCUGCUGCCCCUGGGCCAGCCUGGGGACCAGCACCACUACAUGCUGGGGGGGAAGAUGGAUGCUGACGACCUGGAGGACACCCUCCGCCUGGGGCCCCAGCAUGCCGGGGAAGCCAGCGAGGGCCAGCCACCCUACUACUCUGCUAUAUGCGAUAAGACUGAUAGCUUUCUGGCAGGUAACGUAUAAGUCCCUACCCCUGGAAUGCACCUUCUCCCUCGCACCCCUCCCCCUUGUUGUUCUUAGUUUUUCUCUCGAGGUGGGUUAGAUGGUUUAGAAAAACAAGCAAAUGAUGGUAGGAAACAAAAAAAGCAAGGGGAACGAAAAAGACUGUAGAUCAGUGAAGCCUUCCUCUUUCAUACUACUAUUAUGGUUAUGAAUGUAUGGCACUACUUUAUAUGUACACUAGCUACCAUUUUCUAUUAGAAUGUUCUUUUUAAGUAACACUGCGUACUCCGUAACCCCUGAGGGGGCAUUGACUGACUGGUCCUUGGGACAAAGCUCUUAAAAGAAAAGGAGUAAAAGGAGAAUGGACUCUACCUACAUGUGUAUUUAUCCUACUGUUUUUACCAAACAAAUGUCAGUUCUUUUUGUUUUUGUACUUGUUUUGUUGGAACCCGGUCCUCCCUCCCCUAUGUACACACUCCCUUUGAUCCUGCACCGUAGAGAUAUCCUACUCUUUUUUUACAAGUGUGUCUUGUUUUCAACGCCAUUUUAGUAUUGAAUAAAGACUAGAUAUUUAACAUGGCUUUCCUCCCCUUAUAGUUUUGUUGAGGUCGGUAUGGGAGUGUUCAAUUUGAAGUUUGUCUAGUUUUAAUUUGCGCUCCAGGAAGUUUGCUUCUCCCUGCAUCGAUUACCAUGGCAAGUAAAGUUGUCAUGUACGGUGUUUUUGGAGGCAUCUGUUUUAAGUGUUCAUGCCUCUUAGUUGAUCAUUUGUGCUUCAGAACCAACUAACAACUAUUUCUGGGGAAAAACCGUGCAUUCCUCUGCAUUUUAGAAUGCUUUUCUCACUGAAACGCUUUUAGUGAUAUUGCAUAUUCCAACUUGCAUGUACUAACAUUGAAAUUGUAUCUGAUUAAACCAUUAUACAGUAGGAAUGUUCAUAAAUGAAUGGUUCACGCUAAGUAGGUUUUUCAAAAUUCCAUUAAACAUCAUCGCAAGGCA